AUGAGUAACAAGGUAGUCUCCCAAUUGUACAGGAGCAUCAUUGACGAUGUUGUCAAUAAUGUUCGUCAAGACUUCGAGGAGAUGGGAAUCGAAAAGGAGGUGCUAGAGGAGCUGCAGCGCUCUUGGGAAGCCAAGAUCGUCGCAACACAGGUGGCCGAGUUUGAGGGAGCUCCGGCCUUGCCGCCUGCCAAGUCGCGGUCGAGCAAAAAGCAAGAGUCCAAGAACGAGGUCAAGACUGAGGAUGACGACGCCAACGGUCAAAAUUCCCGCAGCAACGGCGCUGAUCAGCAUCGUGCCAAGGUGGCCCGUGGAGAUGGCUCGACCGAUGUCGCAGAUGGAGCAGCCGAUGGUAAAGGCCAAGACGGUGUGGCUGGAUCGGUCAAAGCAGAGGAUGAUGAUGCGGCGGCUGGUCAGAAACGUAAACGCAUCAGCGACGAUGACGAGAUCGGAAGUGAUCUGGAUGACUCGGACGACGAAGAUCUGGACGGCGGCGUCGAUGGCGACAACGAUGACAUGGUGCUUUGCCUGUACGACAAGGUUCAGCGCGUCAAGAACAAGUGGAAGUGUGUGCUUAAGGACGGCGUCGCCUCGAUCGAUGGUCGAGACUAUCUCUUUGCCAAGUGCAAUGGUGAAUUCGAGUGGUAG